AUGGACGCAGGGGGCCAAUCUGGGUCCCGUACCCCUUUACGAGGAGAGCGCUUAGCUAGAAGAUGGCUCUGUGCCUUUCUGACUCACCAGCCUCCCAGAACGGAGCGCUGCGAGAACAGAAACGUGCAUAUGGCGAUGGCCUGUCAGAGCCUCAUCCCACUAUUGUUGCUGGGUGUAGCUGUUUCCGCCGUGGAAGUGCAGCGACCCCGCGGUGUCCCUUUGUCAAAAAAGCACUUCUAUGUGGAGGGAAAACCGUUUACCUGUUUGGACGGCUCCCUCACCAUUCCCUUUGACAGGGUAAAUGAUGACUACUGUGACUGUCAGGAUGGUUCAGAUGAGCCAGGCACGCCGGCUUGUCCCAAUGGCAGUUUCCACUGCACUAACGCAGGUUAUCGACCAACUUUUAUCCCAUCGUCCCGCAUCAACGACGGCGUAUGCGACUGCUGCGAUGCAACCGAUGAAUUUAACAGUGGUGCUAGCUGCCCAAAUACCUGCAGGGAGUUGGGGCGCAAGGAGAAAGAGAGUUUGCAAAAGCUGGCUGAGAUUGCAAAGGAGGGCUUCCUUCUAAAACAGCAACUCAUUCAGGAGGCCAAAAGAGGUCUGGAAGAAAAGAAGGCCAAAGUAUUAGAGCUUCAGGCCAAUAAGAAACAACUGGAGGAGAAGGUGGAGGCUCUGAGAACGGUGAAAGAAACUGCAGAGGAGCCUGAGAAAGAAGCUAAAGGGCGCCAUCUCAAGGCCUGGGAAGAUCAAAAAGCUGCAGUUCGUGCAGAGAAGGACAGAGCUCGAAUGGUUGAGGUGUUUCUUGAACUGGAUGACGACGGCGAUAGCUUUAUCUCCCUGACUGAGCUUCAAUCACACAGUGAGCUUGACACAGAUUCAGAUGGUUCUUUCACAGAAGCGGAAGCUCAGGCCCUUUUAGGCGGCGUGGAAAAAGCAGACGCUGCUGCGUUUGAGGCUGUCUGGAAGGACAUCAAAGACAAAUACAUCUCUGAGGCCCAAGCGCCAGUGGAAGUGCCGCUCGGGGAGACGACGGAGCCACUCUCUGACAAUGAAUCUGAAAAUUAUUCAGAGGUCGAAAUCCCAGAGGAAGAAGAUGACGAUGAUCCAGAGGAGGAGGAUGAUGAUCAGGACGAAGAGGAUGAUGAUGAUCCUGAAACAGACUAUAACAGACCUCCUGCGGUACAAGUAAAGAAGGAUGAAGAGGACGAGGGGACUAUGCCGCCCUACGAUGAAGAAACGCAGAACCUCAUUGACGCUGCCCAGAAGGCGAGGGAGCAGUUUGAUGAGGCUGAGCGAGGUCUCCGGGAACUGGAUGAUCAGAUGAAAAACCUUGAAAAGGAAACCACCUCAGACUUUGGGCCCAGUUAUGAGUUUGCUUACCUCUACAGCCAGUGCUACGAACUCACUACUAGCGAAUACGUGUACAGACUUUGCCCAUUCAACCGAGUAUCUCAGAAACCCAAGCAUGGCGGCUCAGAGACCAGCUUAGGGACAUGGGGUCAUUGGGAUGGUCCCGAGGGUGAGGUCUACACUGUGAUGAAGUACGAAAAUGGAAUGGGUUGCUGGCAAGGCCCAAACAGAUCCACAACGGUUAAGAUAAAAUGCGGCAAGGAAACAGCGGUAACGUCAACUACAGAGCCCAGUCGUUGCGAGUACUUAAUGGAGUUCACUAGUCCUGCCCUCUGCCAAGAUCCCAAGACUCUGGACCAAAUGCUGCACCAGCAUAACGAAUUAUAA